AACGUCUCCACCCUCUACCUGGCGAGGUGCGCAUUGUCCAGCUAUCACAGCUCUUGACAAUACUAGGGAGGAAUGGCGGUGAGAUCUGAAGAAAACAACUUACAAUGAUCUCAGCCGAACACUGGAGUCCCGAGGAGGUGGCGGAAUGGAUCCAUCUCAUUGGGCUUACAGAAUGCGCACAGAGUUUUCUCGAAAAUGCAAUAACUGGCGUGGAUCUCUUGGAAGUCAGUGAUUCAGUGUUAGAGUGGCUGGGGCUAAGCGACGUGGACCAGCGCCUGUACGUGUUGGAGCGCCUGGAGGAACUGGUGACGCUACAGGACCAGCAGGAGACCCCCACCGGACCCCCCGGAGACCCCCAUCUCGGUACCUGUCCUCCCCAGCAUCAGCAGCACCAUGAGCAACAGAGCCCAGUGAGAGCAGUGCCGGAGGAGCGCAGUGAGAGCAGCCACACAGUUGGUUCUGAAGAGUGGGAGACAGAAAAAGGAGAAGAGCGGCAGGAAAUAGCAGUCGAAAUGUUUCGGAAAAAAGCUUCGUCCUCCUUGAGAAUGAGAAGAAUAUCAGAAAGCAAUAGAUGGAACAUUGACCGCGGGCGCAGCUCGUCCUUCCAUGAGGUGCGUGGUCUUCGGGAGGCUGAGAUGAGGGCGGCGGCCGACGAGACGUCCAGCAGCAGCAGUGGCAGCAGCAACACCGUCCUGCAGCGACUCCUACAGGAGCAGAUGCGCUAUGACGAGGGACGCAACUACCAGCUGGCCAUGCAGCAACAGCAGGAGCAGCAACGACAGCAGCAGCAGCAGAGGCAGCAGCAGGAAGGAGGGGUGAGCGGGGGCUACCCGGGCCAGGGAGGCCCCAACGACGACCGGCACGACGCCAUUGUGCCCCACAUCGCCCGGCAGGAGCCCCAAGGACAGGAGCUGCAGGCGGACAGUGGCAUGGAGAAACUGGGCUCCCGCGGCGGGGGUAGUAGUGGAGGAGGAGGGAUGAGUGGUGUUGGGGGAGGGAGUGGCCAGGGCCCCAACCCAGAGGACUUACCCACCUACGAGGAGGCCAAGGUGCAGUCGCAGUACUUUCGCGGCCACCCGCACCACCAGCUACAUCAACAACAGCAACAACAACAUCAACAACAACAACAACAGUUGCCUCCGUCAGUGGGCGCAGCGUUUUACGUGACGGCCGUAACCAACAAUGGCAAGGUGCGUACGGAGGGGCGUCCCACGGUUCAGCGUCUGAGCAGCGGGGGAAAGGUGCACCAGGACGACGGGCUCAAGGACCUGAAGCAGGGCCACGUGCGCUCCCUCUCCGAGCGCCUCAUGCAGAUCUCGCUGGCCACCAGCGGGGUCAAGGCCCACGCCCCUGUCACUAGUGCCCCCCUUUCCCCCCAGCUGCCCCCUCCGGGUCCCCCGGGGGACUACUACAAGCCCUCGGGCCAGCACCGGGGCCCCCCGCCUGACUACCCCUUCAAGAACAUGGGCUCCUCUCCCAAACAACAGCCGCAGCAUCAGGAGCAAGGAGGGCACUAUUACCAGGACCAUCGGCCCAGGGAGCAGGGCAGGAAUGAGGUGCCACACGUCCGCUACCAGCUUCCGCCAGAGUACGGCUCCUUCAGGUCCAAUAAGGAGAGCUCAAUCCACUCCCAGAGGUCUGUCCAUCACCACAGCCCCACCUCCUCGGUCACCUCAGUCGGCUCUCUGUCCCGAGCCCAGUCCUCCACCCUCAGUAGUCUUCUCAGCGCCUCCCACUCUUCCCACCCCUCCCACACACACCCCCACCCACAAGGGGACCCCUAUGCCUCCAUGGGUCCCCGAAGCCCGCAGGGCCCUGGAUCACAUCAGGGAGACCCGUAUGGUCCCGGGCCCAUGCACCCUCCACUUCAGAGGGGCCACGGCUUCCCACACGACCCCUACGGCUCCACCUCCAGGAUGCACUACCAGCAGCAGCACCACCAGUAUCAACAACAGCAACAACAACAACAACAACAACAACAACAACAACAACAACAACAACAGCAGCAGCAGCAGCAGCAGCAGCAGCAGCAACAACAACUCCAACACCAGCACCAACAGUACCACUCCCAGUCAUCCCAGGGCCACCCUCCCCAGCACUACCCCCACCCCCAGGGGGACCCCUUCGCCAUGAUGGCCCGCGCCCAGCAGAUGGUGGACAUGCUGUCAGAGGAGAACCGGCUGCUCAAGCAGGAGAUGGAGGUGUGCUGCGAGAAGGUCACCAAGCUGCAGAAGUUGGAGACAGAGAUCACGCUGGUGUCGGAGGCCUAUGAGAACCUGGCCAAGUCAUCCACUAAGAGGGAGGCUCUGGAGAAAACCAUGAGGAACAAGUUGGAGCUGGAGGUGCGCAGGCUGCAUGACUUCAACAGGGACCUGAGAGAGCGCAUGGAAACUGCCAACAAGCAGCUAGCUGCUAAGGAGUGUGAGGGAACGGAGGACAACCGCAAGACCAUCUCUCAGCUACUCACCCAGAACAAAGAGACGGUGCGUGAGAAGGAGAAGCUGGAGAUAGAGCUGAACUCCCUGCACUCCUCCACGGACGACCAGAGACGACACAUUGAGAUCAGGGACCAUGCUCUCAACAACGCCCAGGCCAAAGUAGUCAAACUGGAGGAGGAGCUGAAGAAGAAGCAGGUGUAUGUGGAGAAGGUAGAGCGCAUGCAGCAGGCCCUGGCCCAGCUCCAGGCUGCCUGUGAGAAGAGAGAGCAGCUGGAGCACCGCUUACGCACGCGGCUGGAGAGGGAGCUGGAGUCACUGCGCAUGCAGCAGAGACAAGGCGGCUCCCAGAGCAGCAGCAGUGGUCAGGAGUACAACUCCACGGCUCUGAUGGAGCACCUAAGGGAGAAGGAGGAGAGGAUCCUGGCCCUGGAGGCAGACAUGACCAAGUGGGAGCAGAAGUACCUGGAGGAGAGCGUCAUGAGGCAGUUUGCCUUAGACGCCGCCGCCUCCGUCGCCACCCAGAGGGACACGUCGUCGUCAGUGAUAAGCGACUCCGCCAGCAGCAGCUAUGAGCAGCAGCUGUCAGUGGAGGCUCGUAUCCAGAAGGAGGAGGAGGAGAUCCUCAUGGCCAACCGCCGCUGCCUAGACAUGGAAAGCAGGAUCAAGAACCUGCACGCCCAGAUCAUUGAGAAGGAUGCCAUGAUCAAGGUGCUCCACCAGCGUUCCAGGAAGGAUCCCAACAAGGACCGGGAUGCCGCAGCCAUCAUGCGACCCUCCAAGUCCCUGAUGUCCAUCGCCAACACGGGCGGCUCGGGCCUGCUCUCCCACAGCUUGGGCCUCAGCAGCUCCCCCAUCACAGAAGAGCGCAAGGACAGCAGCUGGAAGGGCAGCCUGGGAGUUCUGUUGGGUCCAGAGUACCGUACCGAUUCUCUGAGGACAGAGUCCAUCUCGUCAUCUCCCUCCCCAGUCCUGCCCCUGACAGUGGGCCACUCUAAGACAGGCAGCAGGGACAGCUGCACCCAGACAGACAAGGGCCAGAGCCAGGAGGCUAGCAGCAAGCCUAGCACCCCAGCCCUGCAGAGCAUGACCCUGCCCAGCCGCCUCUCCAGCCCCAGCCCCGUCUACAUACCUGACCGCAUUGCAGAUGUGCCAGUGUUCCACAGCAGUAUCCUGGAGAGGCGUGCCCUGCUGCAGUCCCACCCCCAGGCCCCAUCAGCCUCUCAACAGGAGGUGGACAACGACAUGGUGGAGAUUCUCAUCUGAACUGAACCAUGGCCUCUAUAGGUCACAGGACAGGACAGGAGGACAAUGUGUGUUUGUGCACAAUCAAUACACACACAUUCACAGACACACACUUUCAAAAUAGGUGAAGGAUUCCUUUUUUUGUUUCUUUUUUCAAUGUUUGGUGUUUAACUAGUUGUCGGGUGACCGAGGGUGUGUUAAAAUGCACUACUUUUUAGAUGUGUUUUAAUGAACAAUACCGUGUACAGUUUGUGAGUCGGGAGGUUUUAGUGUCAUCAGAAUGAUCAAUGAACUCUCUUGAACAGUGUUGCUGGAGGCUAUUGGUUAACUAGUCCCCUUGGACCAAAUGUAUUGGCUUUAUUGCACUACUUAUUUUUUUUGAGUGUUUACAAAUAUAUAUUUUUACUUUAAGUCUGACUUAGGUAAUCUAUUUAUGUGUUGUAGACAGUGCAUUAUUCACCAAUGUUAGACGUGGCACUUGGGUAAUCAAAGUGAUAUUGUAAACUACAAAACAUUAUUUUAACCUGUAAAUACUGUAUUUAGAUACUGUAUGUAUGGCAUGUGUAUCAUUUAACUUAACUGAAUGGAAUAGGUUUUUAGAAGCCAUUCAGUUACAUGGCACUGCCAGCCAAGGACCACAGUGCACUGUUUAAAGUAUUGGGGGCCCGGCCCCCCAAGUCACAGUGGAAAACUUGGGGGAGCGAGACUCACACAUUUCUACUGUGGUCCAAUGUGCUGCCUGUGUGACCCCACUGGAUGGGGUCUGUCUCUUUUGAAGUGCAGCAGUAGAAGAGGUUUGGUGUUCACCGAUGUGCCUAUGCAUCAGUUAAGAUAUCCACUAUACCUGUUAAGUGACCUUCAUUCCAGUCUGGCUGGGUUUGGUAGGGUCUUCCGCACAGACUUGCUUCAAAUGAUAUUAGGCCUAAAAUAGUCUGUUGGGAUUUUAACUAGUUUAUGCAACAAUCUGAUAAUCAACUGUCUUUCUACACCUAUUUACAAGCUUGAUUUACAUUGUAUAUAUGAAACUAUGUGGCUGCGUUUAAAAAGAAAGCCCAAUUCUGAUCUUUUUCCACUAAUUGGUCUUUUGACAAAUCAGAUCAGCGCUUUUGCCAAUAAUUGGGCAAAAGAUCAGAAUUGGGCUGCCUGGUUAAACGCAGCCUAUGUGGUGAUAAGUGUUAGCAGUUGAAAUCCAAGCCAGUUUCAAAACCGCACAUAUCCCUUUCUUUUGACCAAAGGUAACAGAAUGAGUUUGUCUGUAGCUCGUAUUACAGACAAUGAUUUAUAGAUAUCACAUCAGCUACUUUUUAACAGUGACUGAAAUAUCCACUCACAUCACAAUCUAGGUAGCAGUUGUGAGCAUUUUUAAUCCAAAGCCAAAAAUGUGGGACCAAAGAAACACUCCACCAGCCAGUCUCCUGGCCUGACCCCACUAUUGUCUUUAAUUUCAAUAGGUUACAAGUGGACAUUUUAAAUAAAAAAACACUGAGGUCAA